AAAAAAAAUAGCCCCCCCCCUUCCUUUCUCGUCGAUCCGUCAAACCGUUUCAUACUUCAGUUCACCGAGCCUCGUUACCUGACAACUGACUUUUUUUUCCCGCGUUUGCGAACCUUGGCCCGCGUAAACCAAGGUCCCCAAUCAACCGAUAUACCCUGGGUUGCCUGUACAAGCCCCCAGGUGGUCCACCCAAAUCUGUCGAUCAAUAUCACGAAUAAUCCUACCGAACAAAGUCAAAGCAGGCUGAUUGCUACUCACAUCGCCGAAGAUGGGAACCACGGUAAGGGGUGGGAGAGCAUGAGUUUAAAAAGCCCCCCAAUUUUUCCUUCCCUCCCCUGAAUGGCCAAUCUCUAGCGGGACGAUUCCCGUUUUAGGCUCCAAAGCCCGUACUGGUGAGAAGAUGACGGCUGAACGGGUCUGCGCCGUAUUAUUUGUGGAUUCUCUUUUUUCUUGGGGACUGGGGUACUUGGGUGUUAGUGGUAUGGAAACAUUACCUUGACGCCUUAGCCUUCCCGGUUCCCAGUAAAAGGACCAGUCUGGCAAAGUGGGAGAGGCAAAAAAAGAGCUGAAACAGUGGCUCUUUUAAUGUCCUCUCGCAUCCAGGGGUGGGCUAUCUGAGGGGUCCAGUCCCUCAGCCGGGGAACGGCGGCGGGGAGGACGGCGGGGACAUUGACCUUCCUUUGAGGGGAUGGUUGCUGUUACACGGCAUAGUAUUUGACAUUUGCCUGCCCGCCACGUUGUCUCCUUGUGCUGCUGUCGCAUGUCAUCUCAGCGUCAACGACAUUAUUGCUUGCAUAUCUCCAUCUCUUGGAAGCAUCCAACAGCGUUUUGAUCACACAUCUCACCCUUGGUAAAGCUUAACACAUACAAACCAACCAAGCAAACGAACCAUGGCUCCCACCACGGCAUCGGACCGCAAGACGGCCAUCAUCACAGGCUCCACGAGCGGCAUCGGUCUGGACCUCGCCCGCGACCUCCGCGCCAAGGGCUGGAACGUGGCCAUCUCCGGCCGCCGCGAACCCUGCAAGGGCGAGGAGAUCGCCAAGAGCAUCGACGAGACGGGCGAGGCGGCGCUGUACUGCCGGGCCGACGUGUCCGUGUACGCGGACCAGGCCGAGCUCUUCCGGCAGGCGUGGGCCAAGUGGGGCCGUCUGGACCUGUUUGUCGCCAACGCCGGCAUCGUGGACGAGGGCCCCACGAGCCGGUACAACCUGCUCCGCAAGGACGCCGCCGUGGACGACGUGCCGCCCGAACCCAAGCUGGGCUGCAGCGACGUCAACUUCAAGGGCGUCGUGUACGGCACCGAGCUGGCGCAGCACUACAUGAGGCACAACAAGCCCAAGAGGGGCGGCAAGAUCAUCGUCACGGGCAGCAUCGCGGGCCUCUUCCCCCUGCCCACGUACCCAGAGUACUCGUCGGCAAAGGCGGCCGUGUCGCAGUGGGUGCGCGUCAUGGCCCCCAUGCUCAAGCUGCACGACGACAUCACCAUCAACUGCGUGCUGCCCAACGGCUACGACACGGCCAUCCUGCCGGGGUUCAAGGAGGCGUACUUGGAUGAGCACCUCACCAAGCGCGACUGCAUGAUGAGGGCCUACUUCAUCUUCAUCGACGACGAGGAAAACUCCCAAACGGGCCAAAACGUCGAGACGGCCUACGACAGCCUCUACUUCCACGAGAGGCCGGCGGCCAAGAACGAGGUCGUCAAGAGAACCGAGAAGGUGUACGAGCCGUGGUUCGAGUAUGCUCACGGCGCCCGCAGUGGCCUCGAGACGGCCAUCAAGGCGCCGAUGAGGACUGGUGUUUGAGGUUGUGUGGGUUUGGUUAUGAGGGGGCGGGUGUAUAAGAGCAAAAACAAAUUUAAAAUAAAUUUAAAAAAAAAAAAAAAGAUUUGACUUUUUUGGUCAUUUAUUCCAAGACUAUAUAUACCCUGGUG